AUGGUGUCUGCUCAAUUCGAGUCCACUCGGGUGCACCCGCGUCGGCGGCCCGUCAUAAACACCACGCUGGCCCCGGAGGCGGAGUCCAGUUCUUCUUCCAAAAUGCAACUGAAGAAGGGUGAGACGUUCAGUACUCCCACCAGCCCGCCGUCGAGUGAUCGUGAUCCGGUGUUGAACAUCCGAUCUCUUCCUCGUCGCUCGCCGACAUCGCUGGAUGCUAUUACUGCUAGUGAGCAGCGUAUGGCAUCUAUUCUUGAGCGGUUGACUCUUGACGAUCAGCCCGAGGAGAAGUCGUCCUCUGCUGAUGAUAUGGAUGCGGUGAAAACCGAGUCCAAGUCUGCCGUCUCGACUCCCUCGAAGCCCUCGAGCGAGGACGGAUAUGACCUGUUUCCUUUGGAGAAGAAGGAGCAGCAGCAACAACAACAACAACAACAACAAGAACCAGAACAUGGCCACGAGUCCGACAGUGGACUUGGGUCGUCCGUUAGCAGCCGUGAAUCGCUGGCUGAUCCAUCCGAAAAAGUGAACAAUGAGAUUCACCUGGGACAAUCCGCCAUUACCACUGCUUCCACCAACUUCGACCAAGGCUCCAGUCCUCGCCGUCAAUUAUCCUACUCGGCGUGUAAACAGAUUGAGCGCUUCAUUCUGGUCCCGAUCCUUAAGGAACCCAAGCUGAAGCCGUUCCAUCCUCUCGUCCGCAGCAUUCCCACUCGCAUCGUGAACAAGCAGAUUGUUUGCCUUCGCGAUCUCGAGAAAAUCCUCUUGUGGCUCGCUCCUAAACUCUCGGCGUCUCGGUCUUCGUAUCUCGGCUUCUGCGAGUUUACCAUCCAGUGUCUGCACACUUCGACCUCUCAUCUCAACGCUCGGGAUCAACGACUUCCCGCUGAUCGCCCUUACACUAACGGUUACUUCCUCGACCUUGUCACUCAGGUUCGACGCUACGCCGCGAUGAUCCAGGCUAAUCGCCAGCGGGUCCAAGCGGCCCAGGACUCCCAGACUCAGUCCGCCAAGAAGGACGAGCCGUCCUCCCUUAUCACCACCGCCGCCCUCGAAGGCGGUCUCUCCAAGAAUGGUCGCCCUGCCGAGCUGACCAUGAUACAGGAUGGCAAGGUCAUCUCCCUGGCCACUGGCCUUCCUUAUGAGCCCGAUGCUCCUGCUACCUUCAAGCGCACCAUCACUCUCGAUGAUGAAGGCGAUGAGGGUGUCAUGCGCUCCAUGGCUCGUCGCAAGAAGAAUGCCCCUCCCAUGGACAUCAAUCAGAAAUGCGCUCACUGCGACAAGGUCUUCAAGCGUCCCUGCGACCUGACCAAGCACGAGAAGACCCACUCCCGCCCCUGGAAGUGCACCGACACCACCUGCAAGUACUAUCAAAUCGGUUGGCCGACUGAAAAGGAGCGCGACCGCCACAUGAACGACAAGCACUCCGACAGCCCCAACAUCUUCCGCUGCCACUUCGAGCCCUGCACUUACCACUCCAAGCGUGAGAGCAACUGCAAGCAGCACAUGGAGAAAGCUCAUGGCUGGGUCUACGUUCGUUCCAAGCACAGCUCCCGUACUCUCGGUUCCAAGAGCAAGCGCGGCACCUCCAUCCGGGCCACCUCGCUCCAGGCCACUCCCGACACCCCGAGCGUGUCGACUCCUGCUUCCGGCCCCACCGACUUCAGCACUCCCAGUGUCGGCCCGACCCCUUCGCCUUACGAGGGCCCUGCUGAGCUCCCCGAUGGCGCGACCUUCAACUUUGCAGACCCUCCUGCCAUGGUCCCGGGCGAAGACUUCCCGGACUUUUUCGAUACCUUCAAUCUCGCCGAUAUCGCUGCCAAUGGCUACACCGGUAUGCACUACGAGCCGUACCAGGCCCCCUCCUCGGCCGGUAUGAGCAAUGAUGCCGGCGUCAACAGUUACACUGGCUUCGAUAACUCGCCCCAGCCCACUCCCUACUCGGCGGGCAUGAGCAACGAUAUUGGUCUCGGCAGUUUCACUGGUCUCGACAACUCGCCCCAACAGACCCCUUCUCUGGCGGGCAUGACCAAUGAUACCGGUGUCGACAGCUACUCUGGCUUCGACAACUCGCCCCAGGAGACCCCUUACUCGGCGGCCAUGAGCAACGACCAGGUCUUCUCCGCCUUCGACCUCGCUGGCCUGAACCACCUCCAGGCUCAGUUUGCGGCUGGUGAACCCGAGAGCCUCAUCCCCACGCUGGAUGAGUUCAGCACCUAUCACAUGCAGCUGCCCACUGCUGCUGAGGGUCUGAACGCUGGCCUCAAGCCAAUCUCCGAGGACCAGCUCAUGAUGAACAUGGGAGCUGGAAACUUUGCCGCGGCGGCACCCACCCACCUGCCUGGUCUCUCCCCCGGUGCCCAAGGGGGUUUGAUGCUGUAUGCCCCCGACUCGGGCAUGUCGGGCAACAACAUCUCGAGCGACUUUCCGUUCGGUCUUCCCCUGGCUCAGCAGCCAGUGAACGAUUUCACCUUGUUUGGUGAGACCGUUUCGCAGGAGCAGAGCCCCGAGCAGAUGUACGGGCAGUCGGAGCACAUGUCGAUGGAUUAG